GCCACAUGAGCCACGACAUCCGUAUAACAAUCAACAUUGUUAAUUUUUCAAUUUUUUUUCUUCAAAUUCUCUCUUGGUCAUUCGACUAAUGAUAAGAUGCUUUUGACAAACAGUGAAACGUUUCUAAGCGAAAUGAGCAAACUCUUCUAUACGAAUCAAACGAAUGGUGGUUCAAUUUAUAUCACCAUGAAACGUAUAGAUAAUUCCAAAAAGCCAACACCACGAGCAGAAAAAUUGAAAAAGAAAACGCAAGAUAAAUCUGUAACUGAACAACGAAAAGAAUAUAAGUGCCUGAUUCGUGUACAUGAUAACAAACGUAAAAUCAGUACCAUCGUUUCGGCAAAAGAUGUAAAUAAAUUUCAACAAGCAUAUUCAAAUCUUUUGAAAGGAAAUCUUUAUGGACUGAAAAAGAAAGAUAAAAAGAAAGCGGUUAAAAAUCCAAAGCAACACAAUGAUAGUGAUGAUUGUGGUUUUUUCUUCAAAUUUUUUUUUAAAUUCCAGAUUUCCGACAUAAUUUUAAUCGAUGUAAAUUGUUUUUGCGUGCCCAAUUUAUAUAUUAUUAAUAAUGAUUUUUCUGUUCAAAUCAUUUUCAUAUCAUACAAAUGUUCAUUGCAAUUUUCACAUUUUUUUUUGAAUGAAUAA